AUGUUCCCCGGGCCGCCGCCCCUCGCUCGCCCGCCCUCGGGUCCGGCUGGGUUUCGAACCCGCGGAGCCAGGCGCAGGCGACGGGGCGGCAGCAGGCGUGCGGGGCCAGGGAGCGGGCGCGGCCCGGCAGGGCGACCGGCGAGGGGCGUGCCGGGUGGGAGGGGCGCGCUGGCCGCCUCGCCGGCCCCACGCGGGGACCCCAGCCCGCCGCCCGCCGGCCCGCGCGGGGACGCGCCGGCCAGGCCCGAGCGGGCGGGCAGGCGGGCGAGCAGGGGGCGGGCGGCAGACCGAACAAAAACGCCUUUGUUGAGCGGCAGCCGCCGGAGGGUCACACACAAUGGAGGAGGGAGCCGGCUCCGCCGUCGCCGCCGCCGCCGCGGCCGGGCCCGCCGCGGCGCCCUCCCGAGCCGCCCCGCCGGCGCACCCCCCACACGUACACACACACACUCACCGGACUUCUCCGACUCAUCGAGAGAGUGCGGGGCUCGCGGACUGCCCCCAGUGUCGGCUCAGGUCUCCGGCUGUGCUGGCGGCAGCGGCGUCUCCGAGGCUCUCGCUUUGCCGCAGUCGCCGCCAUGUAACCCCGACCCGCGAGAGAGGGCGAGGAAGAGGGGGCGGGGUUUCGCGGUGCCACGCCCCCUCGCGUCACAGGCUCACUCCACGGGUUCUCCCGCCCCCGCCCUGCCCAGCGCGCCCGCACGCGCCGGAAUUUCCAGCGCCCGUGACCGGGCUGCGCGCGCCGCGGAGGCGGUGGGAAAGGCACGCGGCUCGUCCGGCGUCUCCUGGGGGCUUUGCCUGCGGGCGGGCAGGGAGGAAGACAGCUGGGGCCGUUUGCUCUACUACCUGCCCUGGCAUUAAGGGAACAAAGUGACCAAACCCAGUGCCAGCAUUUACUAAGCACCUACUACGUGCAAGGCACUGGGCAAUCCGAGAGGAAGAGGCCUCAGUCUCCAGGAAGGGUGGACCUUAAGAUGGAUUGGCUGGAAGGCGACAGCCCGAGCACAAGACAGACGCGUUAGAGGCCAAGUACUAAGGUCAUUCAUUCUGCCAGAGUAUGGAGGAAGGCUUUCAGGAGUGGUCGCCAAGGUGGCCUUUCAGCUGGAUCCCGGAGGAGCGGAUAUAACCAGGAGGGCACUUCACAGCCUUCUGUGCUUGGGAACUCUAUACAGCACUUCAGCAAUACAUUUGGGGGCCACUUUAAACAGCAAAAUCACCAACGGAAAGCAAAACAUGUGAUGGCUCGACACAGUGGCAUGUGCCUAUAGUCCCAGCUACUCAGGAGGCUGAGACAGGAGGGUUACUUGAGCCCAGGAGUUUGAGUCCAGCCUGGGCAACAUAGAGAGAUCCUGUUUCUAAAAACAAAAAAAUCAUGGCACCAAAUAGACCAUGGAAAGGACACUCGUUUACAGUACGAGAGUUGAAACAAGAAGGCAGAAUCUUGUCUUGUUUGGCCUCAGCUGGCAACGUUCAAGUAGGGUGACUCAAGUGUCUCGUUACUGUGCAUGUUCAAAAGUGACUACAAAGGUGCUAUGACUACUUCGAGGUUACAAAUAAGUUUCAGCAAUAGGCAAAUUUGCAAACAGAAUCUGUGAAUAAUG